AUGUUCCAACUGGCUAAAUCAUCCGCAUUCCGCAGCGGUGCGCAGCGCGCGUUCUCGCGCUCGUUCCGCGCCGCGCAGCAGCAGAGCGCUGCUGCCGGCGGCGCCCGCAAGCCCGCCUCGCUGGCGCGCAAGAUCGGCAAGUACACGCUGUACUCGGUGGUCGGGUCGGUGCUUGCUGGCACCGGCUACGUGUCGUACAAGCUGUACAAAGAGAAGAACCCCUCGCCCCAGAAGCCGCAGAGCGCGACCUUCGACAACGGGUCGCCCAGAAAGACGCUGGUGAUCCUCGGGUCCGGCUGGGGCUCCGUCUCGCUGCUCAAGAACCUCGACACCACGCUGUACAACGUUGUUGUCGUGUCGCCCAGAAACUACUUCCUGUUCACCCCUCUCCUCCCAUCCACCCCUGUCGGCACCAUCGAGCUCAAGUCGAUCGUGGAGCCCGUCAGAAGCAUCGCCCGCAGAGCGCCCGGUGAGGUCACCUACUACGAGGCCGAGGCCCUGGACGUCGACCCCGUCGGCAAGACCGUCAAGGUCAAGUCCGUCAGCGGCUCCGACGCCGACGCCGUGAGAGACCUCAAGUACGACUACCUGGUCGUCGGCGUCGGCGCGCAGCCCACCACCUUUGGCAUCCCCGGCGUGUUCGAGAACGCCUCCUUCCUGAAGGAGAUCCCCGACGCCCAGGAGAUCCGUGUCAAGGUCAUGAACAAUAUUGAGAAAGCCACCACCCUGCCCGUUUCCGACCCCGAGAGAAAGAGACUGUUGAACUUCGUCGUCGUCGGCGGCGGUCCAACCGGUGUCGAGUUUGCCGCUGAACUGCAAGACUACAUCGACCAGGACCUGUCCAAGUGGAUGCCCGAGCUCUCUAAGGAACUGCACGUCACCCUGGUCGAGGCCUUGCCCAACAUCCUGAACAUGUUCGACAAGUCCCUGAUCAAGUACGCCGAAGACCUCUUCCAAGAAACCAAGAUCAACCUCAGAACUAACACCAUGGUCAAGAACGUUACCCCUACCGUGAUCACCGCCAAGUGCGGCGACGACAUCGAGGACAUCCCCUACGGUGUCCUUGUCUGGGCCACCGGUAACGCUCCAAGAGAAGUCAGCAAGAGCCUCAUGAACAGAAUGGAAUGCCAGAACUCCAGACGUGGUCUCCUCAUCAACGAAAAGCUACAGCUGCUCGGCGCCGAGGACUCCAUCUGGGCCAUUGGUGACUGUACUUUCUACCCCGGUCUUUUCCCUACAGCCCAGGUUGCCCACCAAGAGGGUGAGUACCUGGCCUCCGUCCUGAAGAAGCAGUACAAGAUUGACCAGCUGAAAUGGCACACUCUCCAGAACUCCAACGCUGCCGAGAACGAUAAGCUCAAGUCCAAGGUCGAGAAACUCUCCUCCCAGAUCAAGGCUUUCAAGUACAACCACCACGGUGCUCUCGCCUACAUCGGCUCUGAGAAGGCCAUUGCUGACCUCGCCCUCGGUGAGUCUAUGUACCACUUGGCCGGUUCUUUCACCUUCUUGUUCUGGAAGUCUGCUUACUUGAACAUGUGCUUGUCCUUCAGAAACAGACUCUUGGUCGCUCUGGACUGGUGCAAGGUCUCCUUCUUCGGUAGAGACUCCUCCGUAUAG